AUGAGUAGCUAUUCCCCAGGCAUUCCCUCCUCGUUCGAUCCUGCUCUGCUCAACUCGGAACUCGAAUUUAUCCACGGCGCGCCUGCUACUCCUUCGUAUUCUGACGACAUCGGCGCAAUUCAGCAGUGCAUCGCUGAAGACAUUGAUAAGAAGACCCGCGCAGGAGUCGUCAUACAACACCGUGCUUGGAGAGUUGCAGACGUGUUUCGAAGUGAGGGCGAAGGACUAGUUGAAACACCCGCAAAGCGCCGUCAACAUUUGCCAAUCAAGCGCUGUCCGACUGACGUAUCAACUGGAGACCCGUCAUUUCCUUCUUCACCUCCAGCAUUCGCCAUGCCACUCAUAUCAUCCCCUAUCGCAUAUCCGCCCAGCUCAUCAAUGCCACAACCGCCGUCGCCAAAGAAGAGAAAGCGCCCAGAAGAUGCCCGUGAGCCGUUGCAGGAUGUACCAAAUAAUAAUACCACCCGCAAAAUUGGUGGGUUUCUUGACGACUCAGAUGAUGAAGAGGACAUUGCAGCGCUCAAGGAGCAUACCUUAAAGAGGAGGGCAGUGAGCAGCAUCAAAGAUCUACCCGAAGUCCCAGAAGGAUUUGCCGACUACACACCACCGGCAAGCCAAGAUGAAUUGGCGGAUCCCGAAUCGAUACCAGUCGAAGAGCUCGACAACUACAGUUUCAAGUCGCAGUCACAAUCGCCCGUCAAGCGACCGCAUACGUCACACGAACCUACUUCAGCACAACCCAUGCGUGGCAUGGUGGCGCGCAACGCAGCUGGGAAAGUAAUAUACAUACCGAAGAAGGCAAAGCGCCAAGUCGAAUCAUAUGAAGAAAUCAUCGCCGCACGCUCGGAGCCAGUUCAAGGAAAAGCGAGGACCAGCUACUACGGGCUCAACAUUCACCAAUUGAUGGACGAGGCCAAGACAUUGGAUCAAGAGAAGGCACUGAGCAAUUCAAUGAAGAACCUCGAAUUACCAAAGCAGUCUGUGGAACAACCCACCAGCAAAAGUGGCAAGAGUAGUCGUACGCUCAUGUGGACCGAGAAGUACAGGGCAAAGAAGUUCACAGAUCUGGUUGGAGACGAAAGAACACAUCGAUCAGUACUGCGUUGGCUAAAGGCUUGGGAUCCUAUCGUCUUUCCAGGAUCUGCAAAGGCAAAGCCGAAGAAGGCCAAGAAUGGGUUCGAGGAGGACGAGCAAAGGCACCGCAAGAUUCUACUAUUGACUGGCCCUCCUGGACUUGGAAAGACUACUCUUGCACACGUCUGUGCGCGGCAAGCAGGCUACGAGGUUCAAGAGAUUAAUGCAUCCGAUGAGCGCAGUGGAAACGUUGUCAAAGGCCGUAUUCGAGAUAUGGUAGGGACUGAGAACGUCCGUGGCAUCAACACCAGCACAGCAGAUGGUAAAGUUCGUAAAGCUGGUAAGCCAGUAUGUGUCGUGGUUGAUGAGGUAGACGGUGUAGUAGGAAGUGGUGGCUCGGGUGAGGGUGGCUUCAUCAAGGCCCUGAUCGACUUGAUUAAUUUGGACGAGAAAAAUUCAAAAGCACUUGGGCAGGGGCAAUCAAAUACCGGAACAAAGAAGAAGAAGGGAGACAAAUUUCGACUACUACGGCCACUUAUACUGAUAUGCAACGAUCUCUAUCACCCUUCGUUACGGCCGCUACGACAGUCAUCGCUGGCCGAGAUAGUGCACAUCCGCAAACCUGGCCUCAACAUGGUAGUUUCUCGCAUGCAGGAUAUCUUCACCAAGGAAGGCAUUCAAUGCGAUUCUGACGGUGUUCGUCGGUUGUGCGAGGCUACAUGGGGGGUGAGCACAAAGAAAGAGGGUGGAACAGGUAGUGGCACAGGCGAAGGUGAUAUUCGUGGCAUCAUGGUAGUCAGCGAGUGGAUAGCAGGGCGAUUACGAGCUACACAUGGUUACAGUUCCAAAGAGCCGCCACAUCUCUCGCGGAAAUGGAUAGAAGACAAUCUCAUCAACGACCUGAAGCAUGGUGGGGGAGCUACUCGCAGCUUGGGGCGAGGCGGUGCGAAGGAUGUGGUUGACCGUGUCUUCCGCGAAGGCGCUGGCUUUCCUAAACAAGCGGAAACUACUGACCCAGCAACGGCACUAGCGAGAGCGAAAAGCGGUGUGAUCGGUGUUGCUGAAGCGGCAAAGCGGCGCGCCAUGGAUCGUCUUAGGGAGAUGGUCGAUACAAGUGGCGAUUGCGACCGUGUUGUGACUGACUGCUUUACUGCAUACCCUGAGAAGCCUUUCCAAGACGACACCUUUCUCAGCAAACCCAACGCAGCUUACGAAUGGUUGCAUUUUCACGACACAAUCAACGCAGCCGUGCAUGGCUCACAGGAAUGGGAGCUUGCACCCUACCUUUCCAACUCCGUGUUAGCAUUCCACGAUCUAUUUGCCUCACCCAUUCGGUCGACUACGAAUCCCGUAACCGAUCCGGACGCGCAGCCAACUCCCUUUUCCGGACCUGGCGCAAGUUUUGCUGCAAUGGAGCAGACCAAAGCUAGCAGGGCUCAAUUGAUGGCGUUGCAAACAACUCUGAGCUUGUCUCUAACUCGCAUGUUUCGAAGUCCAGAAGAGAUGGUCAUGGAGCUGAUACCCUAUGUCUUACGCAUGUUGUCACCAGACGUCAAACCUGUUCUCGUCAACACCGGUGCAUCGGGAUCAAAAUCGUUUGCCACAGCCUCAGUACGCAAAGCCUCAGAGAAAGAGUUGGUAAAGAAGGCUGUCGAAGCCAUGGUCGCAACUGGAGUUCGCUUUGAGAAAUCUAGAAUCGAAACAGAAGAAGUGUCACACAGGAGUGGAGGCUUCAUUUGGCGCAUGGAGCCCGCCCUCGACGUCCUAGCCACCUUUGAGACUCUCGCGAGCAAGAAAGACGAAAAAGCACGCUACGCCGUGCGAAGUGUCCUCGAGCAAGAAUGGCGGAAAGAAUCUGCGAUCCGUGAACAGGCCAAUCGCAAGCGCCGCGGAGGUCAAGACGAGUUUGACGAUGACGUAGAGGCAGGAAAGAAGGAGGAGAUGACGACCGAAGAGAAGAUUGCUGCAGUAAAUCAGAAGGCUGUCAAGCGUGACUUCUUCGGACGAGUAAUACAAGAGACGGAUGCGAGCAAGAAGGAGACGAAGAGGCGGCAGGAUCUUGGGGAGACGCAGGGAGAUGCGGGAAGGAUAUGGGUAUCGUUUCACGAAGGCUUUUCGAACGCAGUCAGGAAACCUGUCACCAUUGACGAUAUUAUGCGGGACCUAUAAGCCUGGGGCCCGUGUUUGGAUCUUCCCGUUAUGAUAGGAAUCACGAAUUUUGCACA